AUGAGUGAGUCUGACGACACCGACAUUUUGUUAUUAAUUCCUCCUGAUUUAUUCACCGUCGCCUCAUCCCAGUCUGAAGAAAGUCUUUUAAACUACCCGCAGUUCAACAACUCCACCGUGGUAUCUGAAAUCCUGGAGCACGUUCAAGCUUUAGAAAACCGCAUCAGUGCUAUUGAAGUUAAAGAUUCCAGUCUGGAGCGUUCGAGCUAUGAUUUGGCUCCAGCAGAGCCUCGGAUUGCUGGAGCUGCUUCUGGGAGUUUCAACACCAACUCCACGGAUUUGUUGAAUGAAAAAAAUUAUCUGGACACGAGAUCAUCCUCCAGUUUGCCUGUCACUAAAAAAGGUUAUUUUAAAUCUUGUAAUUAUAUUCCUGGACCAGGUUCCAGUAUUUCUACGCCAAGCAAUUCUCCCGCUAAAAAGUAUCAAGACUUUGAAUUUCUCAAAACUUCUCCGACGAGACGCUCUGAUUUUCCAGGAGUUAAAAAUGGAGAAGUUAAUUUAAUAAAUUAUAAAACUCAAGAUUUACCGGGACUGUCAUUGAAUAGUUCGAGGGAGAAAAUAGAAUCUCCAAGACAAAAGUUCGAAUUUCCAAAGUCAAUUGUUGAGAGAUCAAAGCUCUGGGAGUCCAAGAAGACUGUAAACACUAGCACACCUAAAAAAGACUUGAGUAAUAAGCCUGAGGAUUUUUUUCUCAAGAAAAAUGAAUGGAAAACUCCUUUGUUAUCGCUGACUGAUUUCUGGACCCCAGAUCCUACUAAAAGUCAAGAUGAGAUCCUCAGGAUUAAAUUAGAAGAGGAAAAAUUUCGACGAGAACACUGCGAGCAGAUGAUUCAAGAACUGCAAAAAAGAUUGCUAGAGCAGCAAGAAAAAAUAGCUGUAGCAAUACGAGUGGAUAAAGACAAAAGUGACACGAUAAUCCAGUUCCAGGAAGUCUGGACUAAAUUCAAGACCCGGUGGGAUAACUUGGAGCAUGAGCACUCCCAAUUGCAAUCGCGGAUCCAAGAUCUGACGGCGGAUAACCAGCAACAGUUGGAGAGUCUCAAUUCAAAGUUGCUCGGCAAAGACGAGGAAAUAAAACGCCUGGAAAAUUUACUAACAGAGAGUGAUAAAAAGUGCGAGGCUGCUGUCAGAGAUAAAUUGACCACUCUUGAAGAGCAUGCCAAUGAGUUGGAGAAAUACAAGUCGCUUGUCCAGGCUGCGGAUCAACGUUCCGAGGAGUUUAAAAAUGAUUUUCACAAGUCCAAAGACUUGGUCGAACAAUUGGAGCAGACUGUUAAAAGUUUACAGCAGGAAUUGUACAAGGAAAGGUUGAAGAACACAGAAGUUCGCAAUGAAAUGGCUGUUGUUCACAAAGGGCUGGAUACUUGUGAGGCUGAGCUGACGGUUUUGAGACAGGAAAAGGAAAAUUUACUUCUCAAAUUGAAGGAAGAAGAAAAUAGGGUCAUAGACGACGUGGUAAAUACCAAAUUAAAAGAAUUUGAAGCCCAAUUAGAUGCUGCUGAAUUGAAUUUCCAGCUAGAGUUGGAGUCAAAGCAACGAGCGAUCGCUGAAUGUGCUGCGAGGAAGAUUAAAAGCAUUAUUGACAAGCAUCAAGUGGAGAUAAAUUUAAUUGAGGAGAAACAUAAAGAAGAAAAACGAUUGUGGGAAAUCAGGCUUUCUCAGACUAACAAAAAAGCUCAGGCUUACGAAACGCAAUUAACUGCGUACCACAACGCAAAAUCACGGCUUGCUGAGCAAUUACACUCGCUUAUGGAGAAGCAAUAUCACCAGGCUUUACAUAUUUUAACAACUGGAAGUACAGAGACAUUUCAAUUACCUCGGAUUGAUAAAUCCGCGGAAUUAAUUAAUUUGCUAAGCGGAAAUAAUUUCAACAGCACUACAUACUUGGAGCCAGUUAAAUUUAAUUUUAAAGACAAAGAUCAGGAUAAGGAAAGGGAAAAGGAGGAAAAAAGACGAAAAGAUUAUGGAGAAAAAGAUUACGAUGAGUCUGUUGUCACUUAUUGCAACUCUAGUGACGAUUUGCCGGCCAAACAAAGUGAUGAUGAUUUAAAAAAAUAUAUUAAAAUGAUUCUACAGAUGCAAAAUUCUAAAAAAUUUACGGACAAUAAUUUAAUAGAUAAUAACGACAAGUCGUCGUCGUCGCCGUUGGUAUGUCGGGAAGUACCAAAAAAGUAUUAUUUAAAAGCUGAUAGCUCUAAAAAUAACUCCAAUGAGGAGCUGUAUUGUAAUAAGUCUACUGAGGAUAUUAGCACGACAAUAAAUACCGAAUACUUUACGAUAGAGAAGAAUAAAUGUCGUACGCCUCAAGAGAGGCGUAAUCAAGAGAGAGCAAAACCACCAUGGAACUUUGUUGUUUUGUGGAAAAUUGAAGAUGAUAAAUUUAAAUGUCCAAAAGUUCGUGAAAUUAAAAAUUUUGAUAUUAAACAGUUUUUAGGAUCUUGGUACGUUGUUCAAUACUACGCAAGUUCUGAAGAAGCGUUAUCUUACAAGUGCAUGCGUGCUGAAUUUUCACUGUCAAAAGAAAAUGUCAACGAAGUAACAAUGAAUUUUACUUAUAAUUUCAUCGACGACCCGAUAAAUGAAAUGAUUGUCGGGAAUAUUACGUGGAAAAUACCACUGCAGCAUGAUUCUUUUAUAAUGAGCCGUAAAAAAAAUAUCGGAAACAAUGUUAUUUCUUACUUGCGAGAUAAAUUGACUCGGUAUAAUAUUAAUUUAGAGUAUGUAUUUCCGAUGGAACAGAAAAAUUGUAAAUUGUACGACGGAGAUGCUCUGAAGAUAUCUCCGUACUUGGCUGCUAAAAAAGCUUACAACAAAAAGCAUCCUUUCACACAUGAAAAUAAAAGAAAGAACCAGAAAAAGCAGAAUUUGUUCUUUAGCUUCAUCAUCUGA